AUGAAGUAUUCGACGUCGCCUACUCCGAGCCUGAGUAACUACCCAAGGAGUACAUCUCCGUUACCAGCGCCUGCUAAUUACCAGCCUACGACAGCCAGCGCGGCUGUGAAGCGCUACAAAUACAUCAGAAGACUGUUCAAAUUCAAUCAGAUGGAUUUUGAGUUUGCUGCCUGGCAAAUGGUGUAUCUGUUUGUGUCACCACAGAAAGUGUUUAGGAAUUUCAAUUAUAGAAAACAUACAAAGUCGCAGUUUGCAAGAGAUGACCCGGCGUUCCUAGUUCUACUUAGUGUAUGGUUAUUCUUAUCUUCAAUAUGCCUCGGCCUUGCGAUGGGCCUGACAGCAGGGAAAGUGGCGCUGUUUGUACUGUUUGUAGUAUUUGUAGACUUCAUAGGAGCUGGUAUACUUGUGUCUACAAUCUUUUGGUAUGUAAGUAACACGUACUUGCGCCGGGACCCGGACGGGCCGGACGUGGAGUGGGGCUACGCGUUCGACGUGCACAUCAACGCGUUCUUCCCGCCGCUCUCACUGCUGCACUUCUUCCAAAUCGUCUUCUUUGAAAAUAUCUUGUUCCGUGAUGGUUUCCUAUCCUGUCUGGUGUCCAACACAUUCUGGCUGGCGUCCAUCAUUUACUACCUCUACAUCACAUUCUUAGGGUAUAGCAAUCUCCCGAUGCUGCAAAACGCCCGCGUGUUCCUGUUACCCCUACCGAUCCUGUUCCUCACAUACCUGGCGACCCUCGCGAUUGGGUGGAACCUCAGCGAGAUGCUCGUCUACUUCUACAUGAUGAGGGUGCUGCACUGA